GUAAUAAUCACUCCUGAGGACACUGGUAAAGAUGUGAGGUGUGAAGCUAAAGAUGUGAAACGUACACCUGUAGUAUGUGGUGCUAAAUCAUUGGUAACAAGUAACAUCUUUUCACCAACAGAGGACUUGCAGUUAAUUGAAAAUGAGAUCUUUGACUUUGAUCUACCAAUUACUCCAGAAAGCAUACCCAAAGAUGAGAAAUCGCCUGAUUUGGUAGGUGAUGUUGAUGAAGACGAUGAAGUGUUUUUUGGAUCAGUUGGACAUACAGAAAAGUGCAUCAUUGUUAAUCAUGAAUUAGAAGAAAAGGAACAUAAACCGAUGAGCCCUUUAAACGCCCAUCAGUAUGCUGAGAUAUUUAAAGAAGCUAUGAAAGUAGUAGCAGCGAUUAAUGAUGAAAGUCGUAUUGAAGAAGCCAAGAAGAAAUCCAGUUCUGGGAAUGAAGAGAGUUUAUUAGUUAAACUGGGAAAAAUUUCAUUACGUGGAAGUCUAAGUCAAAGUCCCCUGAAACAGAAUCUGAAUUGUUGAAAACCGAAAAAAUUAUCAAAAGUCCUCGAUCUCCUCGCAGAGAGACGUAUGUGCUUGCUACAAGCCCAGCACAUGAACGUCCCCCAGCUUUUCAAAAAAGAGCAACUUCCCAACUGGCAGUCAGUGGAACAUCUGCCAAUGCAAUAAAAAAUGGUGCGUCUCUGAAAAAACAAUGGACUAAAGAACAAGCUUCAAAAUUACAACAAACAUGUCAGGGUACAACUGUUAAAAAAGGACUCCAGCAACCUUCAAGGAAAUCUUCAAUGGAUUCGCUUCAGCGUUCUACGAUAAAACCAGCCGAGGUUAAAAAUGGGAUACAGCCACCAAGAAAAACGUCACUUACCUCUCCACAAAGCAUCAAAGUGAAACAAGCUGAUGUGAUGAAAUUUACAGCGAAAUCAAGCCCGCAAAAGUGCAAGUCAUCUUUAAGGCAAAAUUCAACUUCAAAGCCAUCUAACUGCAGUGGAAAAUCAAAACUGGCUCUUCCAAGUUCAAGGCUGCCAUCUAAAUCAAUUGACAAUACAAAGUCCCCCAGAUUGGCUAAACGAGAAAAGCACAGUCCACCAAAGAGGAAGAGAAUAAGUAGUGCUGGCUCUGAAGGAAGCAUAUCUGAUACAUGUAGUGUAUCAUCUGAUGUGAGUGAUUGCUCUACCACAAGUACUGGCAUACCCGGUAAAAGAUUACAACAUAAACCAAGUUUGAAAUCUUCAAGUCUAAAACAACCAAUUGCACGAGGCUAUAGGAAUCCCAAACCAUUUUAUUCUACAGGGUCGGAAUCCAGUGUUGAUAGCUCUAACACAACUUUGAAUGGUUCAAUGUGUAAAGAACCCACUGCAGUGAAGAAAUCGUCCAGUUUAGUCACACCAGGUUAUAGACAGAGUUUGAUUAAACCAGGUGUUUUACCUCAAAAGAAGACAAUACCAGUUUGCAGACCUCUGAAAAUGUCCACAGCUGGGUCUAAACUGAGUAAACCACAACCUGUGAAAGCUACAGUACCGAUGACGCAUAGUAAGACACCGAACAAGGUUGUGAACAAAGGAACUCCCAGACCCAAUUUGUCUCAAACACAAGCAAUUACAAGCACCCCUAAGUCACAAAGGUUGCCAAGAAGGUUACCUUCUCCUGUGAGCAGUGUUAAGAGUGCCAGUGCCAAAACAACUUUACCGAGGCGUCCAGUAAGUGCUAACAAUGACAGAAUGCAAUGUUCGCCUAUGAAAAGUGAAAUCAGAAAGACCAAUGUUACACCGCAAUCAUCACGUAACAGGCGCUCUGCUAUUCCAACACCAGCAAAAAGUAUUGGAAAAUUUAAGUUGGAUUUUUCAGCUGGAUUAAGUCCCAGUUCUUUGCAGUCUCCUGUUCUUCGAAAGAUUUCAUUGGCUGAUUCAACUUACGAUAGUGUGUUCAGUGAAGAAGCUGAAAUAGUACCACCACUUCCACCACCAUCAUUCUCUCCACCUGCGCUUACCAAGAGUGAGAAUCCAGUAUUCUCAUCUCCAGUUCUGUGUGAUGUAAAUACACAAGAUGGGUUACCUCCACCUCAUUGUGAAGAGAUGGUUAAAAAAUCUAUCGAUAAACAAUGCAGGAAUUCACCGGCUGUUGAUACUUUAAUCAAUAUUUCUGAUGGCAAUAUUCAGAAUGGUUUAUCACCUCAGAUAUGCACAGUUUCAUUAACCAAGCCACUUAUUGACUUUGGAUCACCUUUGGACAAGGAAAACCUGAUCUGAUAAGAUACUACGCAAAUGUUACUUAGUAUGUUAUUGGUGGUGCUAUGGGUGUCCAUGUAUUAAUACCAAGUCAUUCUGACAAUCACAUUUUCUACGAAUUGCUACCUUAGCUAUACAUUUAUUUGAACAAUCUACGUCAUUGGUGAAUUCUUUUAACAGUUUGCUUUUGGUACACUAAUGUUUUUGGUGUAUUUAUAUAGUUUUUUUUACCUCUAAUAUUCAUAAAGGUGUAUGGUGUUUUAUAGUUGUGCUUAUGUUUAACUUAGUUAAUACAAUUUUUGGUUGUUUAGUGUAUAUAGUUUUUUUUUGGGGGGGGGGCUCCCAGGGAGAACAGCUGCUUUAUAAAAAAAAUAUGUAUUUAGCUAUUUUUUAAAUGUUUUAUAUCCUGUGUGUCGAGCAUGCAAAUGUUAUCUCAGUGCAAUUAGUGAUAAUUAUUUAAUUCUGCCCAUGUUAGUCACUGCAUGAUUUUAUACACCGAAUACCAAAUGCAAAUUAUUGUUUGACUUGUUACUUUUCCAUACAUUUCAUUUACCAAUAGUAGUUUUUUUAGAUAUGUUUCACUGCGUAGAUACACUGCAUAGAUACUAAGUCCUUUGACAAGUCUUUGUUUAUUAGUCCCCAUUCGGACGCAGUCCGAAAACGGGGACUUAUGUAUGUUUUGACCUUCGUGUGUCCGUGCGUGCGUCCGUCCGUCCGUACCUGUAUCUUAGAAAUGCCUGGACCAAUCACAAUCAAACUUCACACAUACAUCAUACACGAUAGUAUACAU